UUUGACGACCCAGCCGUUUCUUUAUUCAACAAUCGUUGCCGCAAACAAAUCAUACAGUCAAAAACGAUAUCAUUUUUUUACGAUUUUCACCAUAUAAAGUCAACGUGGAGGGUGCAGUGUGAUGAUGGGUAUUUUUGUGCUGGUGCUGCUUUCGAUGAUUUUGUCAACGGGAUUCUGUCAAGUGCCUGCAGGAAGCAUUAGAUUAUCUGGCUAUAACCAUAACUUAUACGAGGGACGUGUAGAAUUAUUUUAUAAUGGCUCCUGGGGUACAAUUUGUAGUCGUUUUUUUUCGGAGUUUGAAGCUCGGGUAGUAUGCAGACAACUUGGAAUAAGAAAUGAGGUAGACGUCGCAAAGUCAGUGGCUGUUAUGGAUGGUCGAUAUGGUCAGGGCGUAGAUAUUGCAAUAAUUGAUGACAUAAGAUGUCUGGGAAAUGAACUGUCAGUUUUACAAUGCCAGCUGGCGUUCUGUAUUAAUGUACCAUGCACUCACAGCACCGAUGUGGGCGUCAUCUGUCAUCCACCAUCAACUGUUACUUAUCGGCCACCCACUACCAUUCCGUGGUUUACGCCAGUAAGAGGAACAGUAGCUCCAGUAACUCCAGUACAAACAAUACAACCCCAAACUCCGCCAAUAAUCAUAACUGGAAAAUAUACAUAUAAUUACGGAAUAUGCGCGAACGCUGGACGUUUGGUUCGGUUGGUUCAGGAUACGUCAGUUGUAUGUUGUGACUCAGGAGUGGUCCAAAUUUUUAUAAACAACCAAUGGGUAGGCGUGUGCGACGAUUUCUGGGAAAGAGUAGAUGCCCAAGUUAUUUGCCGCUACCUUUGCUAUGAACCGUCUCAGUCGUUGGCCGGAAGUGAGAAUUUUAACAUUGACUACAUUUUGGAGCCAAUGAUGGUUACAAAUAUGACCUGCACCGGAAGCGAGGCAAGUCCUUUUAAUUGCCGGUACAGCGUCAGACAAAACAGUUGUGGUCGGAAUGAAAUGGCCAUGGUCUCGUGCGGACAACUGCAAGUUACAAACAUCAUUCAACCACCUGAUCUGAUAUGUAAAGAUAAUAUGAUCAUAGCAAAUUUCACGUCGUCAUGGGCAGGUUUUGUGGCGCAUAGCGCAGUGUCUAUUGUUCAGCAGUCAGGCUCUGUGUGCGCGGUCAACCAUCAGGACUACGGCUCACAUAUUACCUUCGGUAUACCAUUUGAUCAGUGCGGAACUAGGAGAACAUACAACAGGACACAUAUAAUCUAUGAGAAUGCUAUUCUAUAUGUACCAUCACCGACCGGAUUGAUAACUAGAGUGAAGACAUACAUUAUAUAUGUGAAAUGUGAAAUGGACCGUACGUACUAUGUAGAGAAGACAUACAUUCCAACCAAUGUUAAUAUCAGUGUAGCUGCACCCGGAAACUAUACCGUUAUAAUGGCGUUUUUCAUUGACAACUUUAUCACACAGAUUACGCAAUAUCCGGUGAAGAUUCCAGUCGGUAACUGGCUAAAUGUACAGAUAUCACUCAUUACUUACGAGAUCAAUCUGCUCCUCAUAGUAACCACGUGCUAUGCCACGCCUUCAUCCAACAGAUUCGACCCCAUUAAAUACGAAUUAUUCACCGACAAGUGCAUUAUUGACGAGACGGUUUGCUUCUUCCCCAUCAGCGCUUACAUUUUCGGAUUCCGUUUCCAGACAUUCAAAUUUAUCCAGUACAGCGAAGUACAUAUACAUUGCGAGGCAUACGUCUGUCCGAUAGAGGAUAGGAGUCCGGAAUGUGAUCGCAGUUGCCAUCAACAAGGGCACGUGCAACAAGGACAAAUUGGAAAAAGAAAAAGAAGAAGUGCAAAUCGUAAACUAAUGUAUAUCACGAGUAAGGCAAUUCUGAUGUACGACCCAGUGGGAGAUGAAGAUGCCAUACACAAUAUAGAUAUAGAUCCAACGAGGACUGUCUACACAAGUAACUUCUCAACAAUAUCUCCAGUUACAACUACACCAAGCAAAAUAGCUGACAGCGUUCUUGUUGCAUCCGGUGAUGCAUCGAAAGGAGGUAACAAAGACAGAGGCGGCAGCAAACAUCGUGGAACAACCGCCAUGCCUAUCCAUACAAAUACCACCAAGGGCGUACAUGAAAAGAUCACAACCAAAGCGGUUAUUGAAGGAGAUGUUAAUCAAGAGAAAGAGGAACAUAUUGACGAAUCACAUGCAGCUAACACAAAUGAAGAGGUGGAGCAAAAUGCUGAUCAUAAAGCUGCAGAACCAACUGUACAAGCCAAUUUGUUACAUGACUCCGUCGAUAAGGUUGCCGAGGAAAGGCUUGGCACAGCAACCGCUAGUGUGAAAGAACUGACAGAAAAGGAACUUGAUGAGAUAUUAAAGUCAACAAAGUCUUGGAGUGAAUCUGUAGAUAUAAGUAGGAAACCUGAACAACCAGUAUUUCAAAAAUUGGUCGGAAGUUCUGCUAGCAGACUGCAUCUGCCAAAAGCUGUUGUUGUCUUCAUUAUAGCAGCAUUCCUUCUCCUUUAGGUGUUAUACAGGGAGAACUUUACGACAUUUACUUUUUAAAUAAGUUUUUGCUUUGCUAAUGUCAGUUUGUUUGUCCAUUUUAAUAUUUAAGGAAAUAUUCUAUCACAAUCAUUUAAUAAUGCCGACAUCAAAACUCUAUUUUUAUUUAAGUCUAUCUCUUUUUCUCUGUCGAAAACAAGUUAUGUAUUGCCUCUGGAAUAAACAGUUGGGACUUUUAUACAAUCAAUAAGGACUAAAUUAUGGACAAACUUGUGUGUUACAUUAUAUUCUGUGAUUGUUGUUUUAAUACAAUGUGUACUCAAGAGCGCCAUGUGAUAUCACUCAUUAUGUAAGGUUUUUGUUUCAUUGACAUUUUUUUUCUAUACAUACAUAUAUAUUUUACAUAUAAAUUUAUAAUUAUAAUCUACAACAAAGUCAAACGACAGCAAUAUUUUCUCCGUCCAAAUAUUUAUUCAAGAAAUAAACAAUUUUAAAAUGC